AUGCUCGACGUCGUGCUGGCCCACGGCCGCGCGCUGGACCCGGAGACGGGCCUCGACGGCGUGCGGCACGUGGGCAUCAAGGGCGGCCGCAUCGCGUGCGUCGUCGACGGCGCCGCGCCCGUGCCGGAGGCGGCGCGCGUCGUCGACUGCAGCGACCUCUGCGUCGCGCCGGGCUUCAUCGAUGUCCACUCCCACGGCGCCGGCCACGGCCCCACGGCGCGCGCCCAGGCGCUCGACGGCGUCACGACGCACCUCGAGCUCGGCCUCGGCUGCUCGGACGUCGCGGAGUGGCUCCGGUGCCGCGCGGGCGGCCAGCUGCUCCACUACGGCGUCGCGGCGGGCUUCUCGUGCUGCCGCGCCGCGGCCUUCGCGGACCGGACCAACGAGCCGGGGUCGCCGGGCGGCCCCGCGUCGCCGCCGCCGCGGCGGAGGAGCGGCCGCAUGACCGACGAGAUGAUGGAGCGGCGGCGGUCGCGGAACAACUCGAUGACGGCGACCUGCGAGGUCGUGCGCUACGACCCCCACCACGACGAGCCCCACCUGAGCAGCGCCUGCUUCUGCUGCGGCAACGCGUCCGCGAGCCAGCGGAGCGACCCGCGCACGGGCCGCCGCGUGCUCUCGCGGCUCGACGACGGCCUCCGCGACGGCGCGCUCGGCGUCGCCCUGUGCCUGCGCUACGUGCCCGGCGCCGACGCCGAGGAGGUGCUGCGCUGCUUCGACGCCGCCGCGCGCUGGGGCGCCGCGGUCUUCGCGACGCCGCGCGCCGGCGCGCCGGCGGCGCUCGCCGACCUGCGGGAGGUCGUCGCGUGCGCGGCGGCGACGGGCGCGCCGGCGCACGUGCUCGAGCUCGGCGCGGGCGCCCCCGACGACCUGCCGCUGCUCGUGGAGCUCCUGGACCGGUCGCGGAGGACCGUCGACGUCACGGCCUCGCGCGGUCCCUUUGGCUCGGACCUCUACCGCCUCGACAGCCCCGUCUUCGCGCCGGGCUUCGACGCGCGGCUCCGGCUCGACGACCCGGGCGGGGUGGCCUGGCUCGCGACGGGCGAGACGCUCACGGCGGAGUCGCUCGAGCGGAAGCGCGCGCUCGUCGGGCCGGGCGAGGCCGAGCACGGCCUCGUGAGCGUCGCGGGCGCGCGCGGCGACGCGAUGCUCCUCCAUCCGCCCGCGCUGGUCGCGUCGGGCUGCCCGCCCGUCGACGACGGCGGCCGGCCGUCGGAGCGCGCCGCGCGGACGUUCUCGGCGCUCCUCGGGGGCCUCGCGCGGGACCGGGGCCCGCUGUCGACGCUCGAGGCGCUGGCGAAGAUGACGCUCCACCCGGCCCUACGCCUCGAGCACGCCUGCGCGGCCUUCCGGGCCAAGGGGCGGCUCCAGGUCGGCUGCAGUGUGGAAUUCAACCACUGGUUUGGGGUGGUCCUGACCAAACUUGAGAAUUCUCUAGCUCGGUCAAAUCGAAGUCGAUUCGGCUGA